AUGCCUCUCCAAAAGUCAUAUUCAGACCCUAACCGCAGCCAUAAGGGCCAGCGCCAAUGGCAGAGAUCCAAAAGCAAUCCUAAUCCUGCCCAACAAGCAGCCCCCAAGCCGCUGCCACCGCUGCCGGUCUCCGACAAGACUAAGAGCAAACUUCAGGCCUUCAUAUGCGACUCCCUGCCUGAAGUCGAGCCGGAACACAGCGAAACGAAGGAACAUGCUGUCGAUGACAUCGUCAAGCCCGAACCCAAGCAUAAGCUCAAGGCACCCAAGGAUGCUUCCCUGCCAACAGCAGACGAGAUCCAAAAGGUCGACAAGGCCAAAACCCACAAAGCAGCCACUCCAGCAAAGGGCAUAAAAGCAUGGAAGGAGAUACUAAAGCCAUCCGAGGCCCCAAUUCAGGACAAGAACCAAUCCCCUGGCGAACGGUUGUUCUGGCGCAGCGAUGCGAACCCCGACAAGCCGGUGGUCAUUACGCCACUUUUUACACGCAAGGGCCGAAAACGUGCUAGAAGCUCGUCUCCAGUCUCUUCGCCAGCUGCUAAGGCCACCGCUGCUACCCCAGUUGAUCCGAAAAAGCUGGCCCAUGCUGCCAUCAAAACUCCUCGUGCCGAUCCUGCUCUUGACCUCAUGGAGCGUUUGAGGAGUGACGGCGUUGGCGCGACUCCGUCAGGAUUAACCAAACCUUUGCUUCAACAACUCAUGGUAUCUUGUUCGCCUCGGCCGAACCAAGACGAGGGCGAAUUGCGUGGGAGGUCCUUGAGGAAAUCCAUUAGCUGCGGCAGCUACUGGCCGAAGCGGCGGAAGCUGGAUCGUUCGAAUUCCGAUAUGCAAGAAGGCUCUGGAGAGGGGAAUUCUUUACCUGAAACCAAGCUGUCCAUGGUUUCUGCCCUUCUCGAAACCGUUAAUGGCGAGAUUAACAAGUCCAAGGCGGCACAAGCCCAGCAACAACCACAGAAGGAGACCAUUCCAUCAUCAUCACCCAACACUCUUCCAGGAAACAAGACUCCUCCUGAUAAUGAGAGCUGCGGCAGGACCUCGCCUGACCGCCCUCCUCCUGAGAGUUCGCCGUUGGCCCAAAAGUCUUUUCGUGGAAGCAGCCGCAUGGACGAUGUCUUAGGCAAUGACGGUGGCGCUGAAGCUAAAAACGAUGGAAAAGAUUCCUCGGAUUAUGAUGAUGACGACCUUGACGCAGCCCUUAUGGAGCUCGACCGAAGUAUCAGCGGGCUUGUGCAGACUAGUGGGUCUACAUUGGUCGCCCCCUCCGGAGCUGUUGCGAACAAUCCAGCUCCGCCACCACCGAAGUCUAGCGACGAAGAAUUUGGGGAUUUGGAUGAUGAUUUCCUGAGCCAAGCGAUAGACUUGGUAACUGAGGUAGAAGCCAGGCAGCCGUCUCAGAAUUCCUCUCUGCUUGUACAGCAACAGCAGCAAGACAAGCCGGUUAUGCCUGUAGUAGGGGCGGACGAUGAUGAGGAUGAUGAUGACGACGACAUGUAUGGUGGCAAUGAUUUUGAUGGCGUUGAUCUCGACGAGUUCGAGCAGGUAGCCACUCUAGGCUCCCAAGCACAAGCCGGCUCCCGGCCCUUCUCGUCUAAUCCUGAUCAGAAGCCCAGAGCCAUCCAGCGUUACCUCGUAACCAAGGUGCUCGAGGACUCGUAUAUUGACCAGUACCAGCGGCAAUGCCCUGAGAAGAUCAUCGUUGUGCAGGCCGAGAGGGACAACAGCCUUAAAAUGGUCCGUCUCAGGGAUGAUUGGUACGAUACUCAGGCCAGUCCCAAGGCCUAUGUCCACAUCAUUGGGAACUUUGAGCCUACUGGCGAGUUCAUAAUUGACAACAACAAAAACCUCAUCAUCCUGCACCCUGAUCAGCUUAUUUCAGCUACCGUAGUAGCUGAUUCCUUUACCUGCAUGCGCCGUGCCGUCCUCCAGGAUCGCGUCAAGGCUGCCAGCGAUUCCAGUCCUGCCCUGGUCUACGGUACUCUCCUGCACGAAGUCUUCCAGAGCGCCCUAAUGGCAAACCGAUGGGAUGGGAAGUUCCUACAGUCCGUGGUUGACAGCGCGCUAAAGAAGCAUCUCGAGGACCUCUACGUUAUCCGAGUCUCGAUCGAUGACGCCCGGUCCUACCUCAUGUCCAAGAUGCCCGAGAUGCAGUCGUGGGCACAGACCUUUGUCUCCGCGACCCCUAAGCCCAAUGCUUUGGUUCAGGGUAGGAACGGCGAGAGGGUCAAUAUGUGCGUCAGCAAGCUGCUCGACGUCGAGGAACACGUUUGGUCGCCAAUGUACGGCCUGAAGGGCAACAUCGAUGCCACUGUCCAGGUGACGAUGCGCGACGGCAAGACCUGGAGGACGCUGACGGUGCCAUUCGAGGUCAAGACCGGCAAGAAUGCGACGGCGAACCAUCAGGCUCAAACAGUGCUCUACAACCUGCUUCUGUCGGACCGGUACGACGUUGACGUAGUCUACGGAAUCCUCUACUACAUGGAGUCGUCGCAGACCCUACGCAUCCCGGCCAUUCGCCACGAGCUUCGGCACAUGAUCAUGCAGCGCAACCAGCUGGCCUGCUACAUCCGCGAGCGUAGUGUCCGGCUGCCGCCGAUGAAGCGGAAUCAGAACGCCUGCAGCAAAUGCUACGCCCAGCAGUCUUGCUUCACCUACCACAAGCUUGCUGACGAUGGCAAUGGCGAGACCAGCGGACUGGAAGAGAAGUUUGAGGACCUCGUCAAGCACUUGACCCCCAGGCACCGCGACUUCUUCCUCAAGUGGGAGGACCUCCUCACUAAGGAGGAGAAGGAGAUGCAGAAGCUGCGUCGCGAGCUGUGGACCAUGGUUAGCACGGAGCGCGAGAAGCUGGGCCGCUGUUUUGCCAAUGUCAUCAUCGAGGAGGGCUCAGCCUCGGAGUCUGGCAACCAGACCAAGAUCAACCGCUUCACCUAUACGUUCGUCAAGGAGAACCCGCCGCCCAACUUCUCGUUCCUCGAGUCACAGCUCACUGUGGGCGAACCGAUCGUCGUGUCCGACGAGCAGGGCCACUUUGCUCUUGCUCUCGGCUAUGUGACAUCCGUUAAGAAGCACAGGAUCACGGUGGCCGUCGAUCGGCGGCUGCACAAUGCGCGCGUCCGGCAGCCCGGGUUCGAUGAGGUCAACAAUCAGGUCUUUGUCGGCAUUAUGGAGGUCGACGGGGGCAAGCAAAAGACCAAGGACGAGGAACCGGUGCGCUACCGGCUGGACAAGGACGAGUUCAGCAACGGCAUGGCCACUGUGCGCAACAACCUCGUGCAGAUCAUGACUGACGGGCCGUUCGGGUCCAAGAUCCGCCGGCUCGUUGUUGAUCUCGAGCCGCCUCAGUUCAAGCAAACGCCGACUCAGUACAGUUUGACGGGUCGUGAUAGCCUGAACGUUGACCAGAAGGCGGCCGUUGAGAAGGUCAUGAGCGCCAAGGACUACGCUCUGGUGCUUGGUAUGCCGGGUACAGGCAAGACGACGACUAUUGCCCACAUCAUUCGGGCUCUUGUAGGUCAAGGCAAGACGCUGCUCCUGACUUCGUACACCCAUACGGCCGUCGACAACAUCCUGUUGAAGCUGCGUCACGACAACAUCCCCAUCCUGCGCCUGGGCGCCCCAGCCAAGGUACACCCCGAGGUUCAGGACUUUGCCAUCCUCGCCGGCCAGCCUAUGUCCUCGAUCGAAGAGAUCCGCCGCGCCUGGCACGAGACCCCCAUCGUGGCGACCACCUGCCUAGGCAUUAACCACCCCAUCUUCAACGAGCGCAUCUUCGACUACUGCAUCGUCGACGAAGCCUCACAAAUCACCCUCCCUAUCUGCCUGGGCCCAAUCCGCAUGGCGCGCGCUUUCGUUCUCGUCGGCGACCACAACCAGCUACCCCCUCUCGUCCAAAACGAGGAAGCUCGCCUUGGCGGCCUGGACAUCUCCCUCUUCAAGCUCCUCUCCGACGUCCAUCCCCAGUCCGUCGUCAACCUCGAGCACCAAUACCGCAUGAACGAAGACAUCAUGACCCUCUCGAACAUCCUCAUUUACAAUGGCCGUCUCAAAUGCGGCACCGAGGCCCUCCGCCACGCGGAGCUCGACAUCCCUGACAUGAAUGCCCUCCGCUCGCGGCACUUCGACGUCGCUUCUUUCCUGGCCCACUCCCAGAAGAAACUCCACACCAGCCCGACCAAGUCCAAGACCAAGCCCUCUUCGUUCUGCCCUUCCCCUCGGAAGGGUACCUGCUGGCUGGCCGACCUCCUCGACCCCUCGGCCCGCGUCCGCCUCGUCAAUACCGACCCCUUGCUGCCCCUCUCAAGGGAGCAGUGCACCGCCCGCGGCAACCGCAUCGUGAACCCGUGCGAAGCUAAACUUGUAGCCCAACUUGUUGACGCCCUCAUCGUAGUUGGCGUUCCUGCGCGCGAGAUCGGCGUCGUGACGCACUACCGCUCGCAGCUGGCCUUACUGCGGCACACGCUGCGCGGCCUGGUAGCCGGCGGGGAUGCGGUGGUCGGGGAUGUGGAGAUGCACACGGCAGACCGGUUUCAGGGGCGGGAUAAGUCGGUUGUGAUAUUGAGUCUGGUGCGGAGUAACGAGCAAAGGUCAAUUGGUGAGUUGUUGAAGGAUUGGAGGAGAGUGAAUGUGGCGUUUACGAGGGCGAAGAGGAAGUUGCUUGUUGUGGGGAGUAGGAGCACGCUUCGUGGGAGCGGGAAUGGGAAUGCAGCAGGAGGGGAUGAGGAGAUGUUGGCGCGGUUUGUGAGGUUGAUGGAGGAGCGCGAUUGGGUGUAUGAUUUGCGCAAGGACGCGCUGGAUGGGCAUUUCUGGCCGGCAGAAGUGUUUGCUGCGACGGGAGCUAGCGUCCCGACGCAGAGGCAGGAGGUGAAUGUUAAGGGAGAGAAUGGCUCGCCCGUGAAGAGCUCGCCCAAGAAGGGAGUUGUCAUGGGUCAGCUGAGCUCCAGCCCUAGAGGGAAGGAGAAUAGUCGGCCUGGGCAGGCGGUUACGGGUAAGACGGCAAAGACGACGAAUGCUGCCGCUGUGGCUGGCAGGACUGUAAUGCCGAAGAAGACGGCGAGGAUUAAUGAACGGGCGAUGAUGCGCGGCAAGCCGGUUCUCAGGGAUAUUCUGAAUGAUGCGAUGGAUGGGGGCCCACCAACCUUUGCCUUCCGUCCAACGGCGCGCCAAGCACCAGGCAAGCUUAGCUCAGCACCCGUCACGACUCGCCUCGCCGCCGCGGCGCUCUCGCGCGCGUCCACUGUGUCUUCGAAGGCCCUGACUCCGGCCCGCUUCCGCUUCUUCUCGACUACGCAGCGCCGCGCGGGUGGCCACGGCAUGCAGUACGACCCGCCGACGGGCUGGCUUUGGGGUGUGCGGCCCGGCGAGAAGUACCAGAACGAGGGGUGGGAGGGACCCUUCUUCUACGGGUUCUGGGGCAGCCUGAUUGUGUUUGCCAUUGCGUAUGCGUAUAAGCCGGAUACGAGCAUUCAGACCUGGGCGCUCGAGGAGGCGCGGAGAAGGCUAGAGGCUGAGGGGAUUUUGGAGGAUCCUAACCCCACGAAGAAGGAAUAG